GUGGUCCUCGGCGGCGAUGCUGCAGCAAGCGAUGGCGCGGCGAUGGGGAGGAGGCUUGUGCUCUCGGCUCCUUGCUUCCCCCAUCUCAAUCCUUUCACCCUCCACUAGUCUGCUCUCUCCCCUCUCCUCUCCGCCGUCCUCCUCGCUGCACUCAUCCCCCAACGCUGCCUCAUCAUCAGUACAUGGAAAGGCGGCACAAGUUCCAUCGUCGUUUGUGCGCCAGGCCAUGGCUAGCCUGCGAUCCACACCAAUGAAAGCCAUGCUGCCUUCUCUCCUGCCGGGCACGAGGAGAGGAGUAGCAGGCUUUACUGCUGAUGGCAGGAUCGUGGGGAACAUGCAGGAGGCCUGGGAGAAACGAGAAGUUGAGAGGAUCGUCAGUACUCGCAACCCCAAGAACUAUGACAACUUCGAAGUUGGGGACUUUGUUGUUGUCAGAGUCAUCAACCCGUUGCAGCCUUCCAAGUACAUGACGUUUGGAGGCAUCUGCCUCGCGAAGAGGAACGGCCUGCUGUCUGCUUCCUUCACCCUCCGCAACAUCGUCGCGGGCGUCGGUGUUGAGCGACAGUUCAAGCUCUACGCUCCCAACAUCAUGGGCAUCCGCAGGAUAGGCAGGACGUCCUUGAAGGUGAGGCGCUCCAAGAUCUACUACGUCCGCAACCUUCCUUCUAGGUACUCCACCAUCAACUUCUCCGAGAAGGCUGUCAACCUCCCUCAAGGCCCUGCUGCAGCUUCUUGAGAAAGCGAGCGAAUUUUGCAUGCAAUGUUGGAAGCAGCUCAGCUACUCGGAGU